AUGCCUUCACCUCCGCCGCAAACCACAACGGCAACAACACCAGCAGCAGCGACUACAACAUCAGCAACUGUAGCGAUAUCUCAGUUUGUCCCUAGACCAACCACGACUACCCAAACCUUCCUACCAGAAUUCUGGAGUCAUAUCAUCCGAAAUGCCGAAGAAUAUCAGUCGGACUUCAAGGAUGGUCAGCUGCCCCUGGCACGGAUUAAAAAGCUAGUCAAAUCUGAUCCCGAUAUCAAAAUGAUCGCCAAUGAAGUUACGGUUUUAUUGGAUAAAGCAUGCGAAAUCUUCGUCAACGAGAUCACUGUUCGUUCCUUUCUGGUCGCCAAUUCCUUGAAUCGCAGAACCGUCAAUACAUCGGAUGUGGCGAUGGCCAUCAGCCAAAGUGACAUGUUCGAUUUUUUGAUUGAUAUCGUCCCAGCUGAGCAACUUCCGUCCGAGAAUGAAUCAGCAGCCAAUCUACCACCAUGUCCUUCGUCUUCAACAUCACCCACAACAGCACCGAAAAACUCUACGACGACUAGAAAGAGACGAACAACAGUGCCAGAAAUUCCAGAUGAUACAACCCAAACAGAACCGACAGUUUCAACACCACUUCCAUCAGCACCUCCACCGUUACCUCCCAAAAAGAAACCCAAGAACCAUAGGGUCAACCGAAACUUGAUGCCCGAAGAGGUCGCGGUGCCAAUUCCAGAUACAGAGCUAGUCAAAAAGGAACCUUCGCCCGAGCUGUCUCCUCCAAGACCGCCAAAUGGAAGAUUACUAGCCAUCCCGAUUCCAGAUUCUGAAUUGAUCCCUCCGAGACAAUCAGAAUCAACAUGGGAAAUGGCAGUUCCGAUCACAUCCAAUGAUCAACAAACUUCGCAUCUGCCAUCGAAUUCCGGAAGAGCGUGGGAGAUGGCCGUGCCGAUCUCAGAUUCAUCAUCGCAUCAGAUGACGGGGGAACGAAAUUGGGAAAUGGCAGUGCCGAUCUCUAACGAUCUGAGUCGACCGUCCAUUCAUCCAUCCCACAAACGAAAACGAAACUGGGGCUUGGCCGUGCCGAUCGUGGAUGAAGCCCAAGAAGAGGAUUCUGAAUAUCCCCGCUUGGAAAAGCGGCCGAUGUUGAAGAGAGAUUCACUACCUUCUCCUCCGGGAACAAGUCGUGAUGAUCAUCAACGCACAUCGAACCAUGAGAUGGUAGCCAAUAGUCAAAGGAACUGGGAGCUUGCAGUGCCCAUCGUCGAUCAUCAGCCCGAUCCCAGUCAGCAAGAAGCACAGAUGAUGUCGAGCAAUCCCAAUUCACGACAUCCAUCUGACAGGCUCGCCCCGGUCCCGAUAGACCCUGCUCUCUUUGACCUCGGAUCUUCUGUUCAACUCACUUCAGACCUCAUCAAUCCGCAUCUUCUACCCCUUGGCGAUGACUCUCCAAACAUCACGAUCAAGCAAGAAGAAUGAUUCCUGUCCUUGUUCUUAUAUUCAUUCCACUUUCCAUACUUUUUUUAUUCGAGUUAUUAUCAGCACGGUGAUCGUCACGCUUUCUUCUCCCUUGUUUUCCCAGCAUUAGAGUUUGCUCAAAUGCAAGCAACACAACGAAGCUCAUAGCUAUUUUAUGAUGGUUUAUCUGUUAAUAUGUGCUGAUCAAGCUAUCUGUUUGAUUAUUCAAAAGCCAAUCACAUUAUUCUCUGAUGAUGAUGAUGAUGAAAAUGGUUACUCAAAUUGUUUUUACAGUGGUGAGUAGCAUCUGAUUUAUCUGAGUACAUAUUGUAACUAUCUCCCAUUACUAUUACAAAUGUCGAGUGGGGUGAGCCAGCACUGGUCUUUAUUUUCCCACAAAACAAAAUAAAUAAUGAGGAGAACACAA